CAUGUCAACCUGCUAGUGAAGCUACACAACUAGCUUCAUUAACUGCCCGCUGUUGACAGUGUGAGCAGUUCGGCUUGUUUUUAAAACGCAUUUUCUAACCAGAGCCGCUGUUUGUGUUCAGCAAGAGUUUAUUUUUGUUGCUAACAGGAUCAGCGGUCAUGUCUGGCAUAGCUCUGAGUCGACUUGCACAAGAGCGGAAAGCUUGGAGGAAAGAUCAUCCUUUUGGUUUCGUUGCUGUUCCAACUAAGAACCCAGAUGGUACGAUGAACCUGAUGAAUUGGGAAUGCGCCAUCCCAGGAAAAAAAGGGACUCCAUGGGAAGGAGGUCUGUUUAAGCUAAGGAUGCUGUUUAAAGACGAUUACCCAUCAUCCCCUCCAAAAUGUAAAUUCGAGCCUCCGCUGUUUCAUCCGAACGUGUACCCAUCAGGAACAGUGUGUCUCUCCAUUUUAGAGGAGGAUAAAGACUGGAGACCUGCUAUCACGAUCAAACAGAUUCUCUUGGGAAUCCAGGAGCUUUUAAAUGAGCCCAAUAUUCAGGACCCGGCCCAGGCUGAGGCUUACACUAUAUAUUGUCAGAACAGAGUGGAGUACGAGAAGAGGGUCCGAGCACAAGCCAAAAAGUUCUCUCCCUCGUAGACGGAGGGGUGGAUAAUUCGGAGGGAAUGUCAGCACUCGUUUAUUUUUCAUCUUCUUUUUCCUCCUCCUCCCCUCUCUCACUGGGACUGAAAGGACUUGACGUGAUGUCUGUGCCAUCUGCCCCAACCCUGCAGGCCCCUCCCCUGAUAGUGAUGUCACAACACAGCCUCUGCCCUUAUCGAACAACCCCCUCAGCAGGACAGUCCCUGCCUCGCUUUAUCGUCGGCCAAUCAGAAAUGGACCUCAUCUGUUCCUCACGUGUUUUUUUUCCCCCCAGUCAACACAAACAUGGAGUGACUGAAUGAAAACUAUUAACUUUCUGUGUAUGUCUUGUGAGUCUGCGCGCGCGUGUGCAUGUAUGUUUCCUCUUCUUUUAAUGUCAAAAUUCUCUCUUUUUUUUUUUUGGGUCAUUUUCCCCCCAUGAUAGAGAGCGUGCGCGUGUUCGGUAGCUGGGCUGAGAGCUCUGCAGCGUAAAACCGGGUGGAAUCUUGCUUUUGUCGCACUUCCCUACAUCUUCCACACGGUAUAAUUAACAUCGGGGGGGGGAUAAUUAGCUUAAGUAAAUCAGCCGCUGUGAUUUUUCCUGCGGUGGGCCGUACCGAGCGGCUGCCGCUAAAGCCGUACGCGAAAGCUGGCUUAAGUUGAGUAAUCGUAAAUUUGGGAUCAUUGUAGGGUCAGACUUACUCAUACUCACCAGGAUAGCUUUCCUCUUUAUUUUUAUUUUAUUUUUCUGUUUGUUUUUGUUAAUGAUGGGAACAUGUGUCCUGUGUUCUUUUGUUGGUUUAAUAAAGAUCUUUCUACAAAA